GCUGGCGGCUUCGUCACCAGCGAGGGCCGCGUGGACGGGAACCUGAACUUGUCCCGGGCGCUGGGCGACUUCGCGUACAAAAAGGACCCGAAGCUGAAGCAGACCGAGCAGAAGAUCUCCUGCGAGGCGGAGAUGCGCACCCGCGCGCUCACGGCCGCCGACCGGUGCCCCCCGCCCUUUGCCCUGCUCACCGCGCCCAUUGGGCGCGGCCUGGACCUGGUCGCGCUGGCCCCGCUGGUGCAGGCGGCGGCCUCGGGUGCAGCGGCUGGUGGCGGUGGGCGUCACGUGGUCGCGGCCGCGGUGGCGGCGGCCGCUCGGGUCGGCGAGGUGGCCGCGCACUCUGGGGGGGAGAGGAAGGCCUUCCGUGACGUCGCACUGCACGCGGCGCUGGGCGCUGGGGCAGAAGCGCUCCCCGUCGCCGCGGCGGAGGCGAAGCGCAAGUGGCCUAGCAGGCAGCGAGCGCCCGCCAUGGAGGUGACGGUCCCGCUGCAAGAGUACGUCAUCGGAUCGGGCUCUGGCAGCGGCGGUGCCGACUGGCCCCAGGUGAAGGCCACUGCUGCGAGGAGCGCGAAGUCCGAGAGAACCGUCUCGGAGUGCGGGUCCGUGGACGGGUUCGCGGGUCGGCCCCAUGUCUUCGACAUUGCCUCGGAGAGCGGCUCGGAGGUCCCGUUGGCCGAGGAGGGCAUCUGGAAGUCCGGCGGCGUGUGCAGCGCCGGGAACUUUGGCGAGAGCGUUGCCGAGUUGAAGGCGCUCGCCGACACCCUGGCCGAGGAGCUCUUGGAGGCCAGAGCUGCAGCCUGCGCUGCCGGGGUGCCGGGGCGACGAAGGACAUGGUCGAGGCUGACCGACGCCGCUGUCCAGGAGGGGGCCAGGAUGAUGGGUGCAAAGGUGCUGGCGCAGAUCGCGUCGAUGCCGCUGCUCCCGCCUCUCCCAGAGCUGGGGCGCCCCGCGGGGCGCUGGGCAAACGACCUGAGCGAUGCCACCAAGCUGGCCGUGGAGGCAGAGGCGAUGCUGGACGUGGCCGAGGGCUCCGUGCAGGCGAUGGCUGAGGCAGCUGCCGAGGUCCUGGAGGGCGGGGCCAGGGCGGAGGCCGUGAAGGGCGUGCAGGGCUGGCUCGAGGAGUGCGGAGGGCAGUCUUGUGUCUAUCCCCCAGAGUUUCUCGCCGACGAGGGGUGGGACUGA